AUGCACAUAGAUCGAGCAAAUUUAUUGAGAAGAAAGUCUGGUUCACGAAAAAUUGUAAAGAAUUCAAAGAAAUUUGAUUUGAAAGAUUUAGCGGAAAGUGUCUCGAUAGAGGGUACCGCAUUAAUAGUUGAAAGAUGUGUUAACCAAAUUAGUUUAAGAGGUUUAUAUACAGUUGAUAUUUUUAGACCAACAAGAAUUGGAGAAGGAGGAGACGAGACAAAAUAUUUACUACAUUGUUUAUUACAUGGUAAUCAAACUGAAUUUGAAGAUGAAAUACAAACACAAAGCAUUCAUAAUGUUGUAGCAGCAAUGAAAUGGACACUUCGACAUUGUUCAGUAACAAUAGUUCCAUACUAUUACUACGAAGAGUUUACGAUACAUGAGCAAGAAUCAAAUUAUGAAAUCACCACCACCACCAACACUAAUAAUAAUAAAUCUUCUUCAUGUUGUUUAUUUACAAAAUCAUUUCUAAAAAAUUUACCGAGAUUAAAUCAAGAAAUAGUAGUGCAAUUAUUUGAUAUAUGUGCAAAAGUAACAAUUGAAUCAGAGACAAAUAAAAUGUCAGCUCAUAAGAUAGUCAAGUCGUUGGCAUUGAGUUUGUUGGGGGAUCAGAAAAGGAUUUUUGGAAGUUUUGAUGAAGCGUAUACUGAAUGGACAAAAUGUUCUAAUGCUUGUUUACACUUGUUUUUGGCGUAUCUAAGAGAGAAAUCUUUAGAGUGUGAAUUACAUCCUAAACUAUCAAUUUUAUUAGAAAAUUAUGUUGAAAAUAGAAAGAAAUCAGUAAGUACUUUGAGAUUUGUUGAUAAUAAUAAUAUUAGCGGAAGUGAUGGCGAUAAUGACGAAAAUAAUAAAAUAAUAAAUAAGCAAUCAUCACCUACAGCAUCUGGUAGAAAAAAAUCUGUUGUACACUUUGCAAAAGAUUAUAGACCAAUCAAAGUUAUGGAUAAUCUAAAAAGACGUACGAUAGUAAGGCCAAGUGAAUUGAUGUCUAAAGAUGAACAACGUACGGCUGAACAAAUGUGGGAAGAAUUUCAAAGUCAUGGAAUAGCAGCUAUCUCUGACGAGUUCUUGAAAAUAUUUUUUUCGUUAGACGAACGAGCAAUUAAUAAUCUUCAUAAUUAUAAUCACAGCAAUAAUAUAGACAUAUUUAAAACACCAAUUGAAAAAAAUUGGUGGGAUUUUUCUAGGAAAGGGUUUAAAAGUUUUUAUUUGGAACCUCCUGUACCCAAAUCACCAACGUCACCGACAUCAUCAACUUCGUCAUCUAAUAAUCAAAAUGUUGAUAAUGUUGAUAAAAAUAUAAAAAAGAAAAAAUCAAAUAAUUUAUCACUUCCUAGACCAAAAACUGUUGCAUGGGAAGAUUUUAGUGAGAAAGGAUUUGGUGAUCCGUUGGAUAAUAUGCUGGAAGUGUUAACAAUAAGCUCACCAACCUUAAAAUCACCAACGAUCAUGACAAAUUCGGAUACAUUAAUUGCCGAUGAUGAUAAUGAUAUCCGCGGUAUUGAAAAGUCAUAUAACGGUAAAUUUAAUAACAAGAAAUCAUUGCUGCCUAAAUUUCGCGCAUUAAAGAAAAGAUCAUCAUAUAGCAAAUCUAUUUCAAAGAUAGAUGAACUUGAAAAGGUUGUAGAGGAGGAGGAGGAUUGGGAGGAUUGGUAUAUUAUAGAUGCUGAGGAAGACUUCCCGGUGACCACACAUUUGGCCAUUGAAUCGAUUGAUGAAAUAUUUCCGUAUGUCUGGAUUGAAGCGAUUGACGAUGAGGCGAAGGAUGGGGAGGAGAAUAGAUGGGGAGAAUGGAUUUUUGUUGAGCCAAAGAAAGGUUUGGUGCAAGAGUGUGAGUGGAUAAUGAUUGAAGAGAAGGAGCAGGAUAUCAAGGCGUGGAAACAAUCACGUCGUAACUACAGGAAUCGUAAAACUGGUACAUUUAGUAGUUUUACAUUAUUAGGCGGUGCUAAUAAAACUGGUGUUGGCAUUGAUGUCAGUAAUGGUGGUGAAAAUAGACGACUUACAUAUUAUGAAGAUGAUAACGGUAAACGAAGAAAAAAACGACUUUCCAAAAAGAUUAUAAGUCCACCGAUUCCAUUAGAUUAUAACACUUCACGAUGUAAUGAGGAAGAAGAAAUUGAUUAUAAUAAUAAUCGAGGAAGUAGUUAUCAAAGAACUUUAAGUGGUGGUGGCGAAGGGUUAGAAAAUUUUGGAAGUGAUUAUUAUCACAAAACAACAAAUGAUGAUGGUGAUGAUUAUAAUCAAGAGACAUCAUAUGGAAAAAGAGAUUCUGAUGAUUUGGGUGAUCAUUAUGGGGAAAAUUUAGGAAAUAAUUAUCAAGAUAGUAAUUAUCAAGAAAAUUAUCAGGAAGGUUAUCGACAAAGUGGAUACCAAGAACUUUUUAAUAAUGAUAAUGAUAAUGAUGAUAAUAGCAGCACUAGUAAUUAUGGUAUUGAAGAAGAUGAUGUUGGUGAAUAUAGCGAAGAUUUAAAUAAUAAUAAUGAAAAUAUUUCUUAA